UCAGACGCAGGGUUGUCAAUGUCGCCACUCUGGAUUGACUGGGCCGUGGACGAUACAAGCAUCACACACUUGGUUGGCUCGACAGACUGGCCAACUCUGUGUUCCAUCGCAAAUUGGCGAUUUAAUGUAGCGUGUUCUUCCUAGAAACGAGAUGUAUACGUAUCUUUAGAAUGACUAAAAGAACGGGGGAUUUGGAUUGAAAAUAUUUGGGUGCAGUGUUCUUCAGAGGGAAGAGUUCUGCUUUGACGGUUGUCGAAUUUUUUUUUGUGCCUUUUGUAUUUCCUUGACUGUUGUGGACAUUUUGGAUUCUUAAGUUUUAAUGUCCGUGUCGAUAUUUUUACUCUAACAUAUUUUUAAUACUAGAACGUGUAUGUCCCCCAUUUAUUUGAAUUGUUUAUUUUUGUUUUAUUGUCUGAUACACUGGACAUUUAAUUUUUUUUCAAUACGCGAACUCGAAACGAUAAACAACUUUUGGGAUUGGUCUCGCGAAAGAAUGCGUUUGCUAACUGGUUAGCUUGGUUAGCUAGCCAGUUAUUUAACUAGAGUGGAUGCUAGAAGGAAACCAAAAAUAUUGACUCAAGAAUUUCUACCCUCAAACGCGUUCGUGGAUUUUAAACAAUUUUCGGACUAUACAUCUGUUAAAUGAAAAACUAAGUUGACACCAUUUUACGAUAAGCACCCGCGCUGCUGUUGGGUCACUCACCUGCCACCAGCUGGGAUCCAGGGGCACAGAUCAUAAAUGACAAGUGCCUGAGGAUGUCGAGCAAGCGGAACCUGUUUGUGAGGCUGGUGCCCUGCCGCUGCCUGCGCGGGGAGGAGGAGACCGUAACGUCACUGGACUACUCCCACUGCAGCCUAGAGACAGUGCCCAAGGAGAUCUUUGGCUUCGAGAAGACCCUGGAAGAGCUCUACCUGGACGCCAACCAGAUAGAGGAGCUUCCCAAACAACUGUUCAACUGCCAGUUGCUCCACCGGCUGAGCAUGCCAGACAACGACCUCACGGUACUGCCAGCGGCCAUCGCAAACCUCAUCAAUCUCAAGGAGCUGGACAUCAGCAAGAAUAGUAUUCAGGAGUUUCCAGAAAAUAUCAAGAACUGCAAAGUCCUGACUAUUGUUGAAGCAAGUGUAAAUCCCAUCUCCAAGCUCCCAGAAGGAUUCACCCAGCUCCUCAGCCUGACACAGCUCUAUCUGAACGAUGCCUUCCUUGAGUUUCUUCCAGCUAGCUUCGGCAGGUUGACUAAACUGCUGAUCCUGGAGCUGAGAGAAAACCAGUUAAAGAUGUUGCCAAAAAGCAUGCACAAGCUGACCCAGCUGGAGCGACUGGAUUUGGGGAGUAACGAGUUCACUGAAGUGCCUGAGGUAUUGGAGCAGCUCACUGGAAUCAAAGAGCUGUGGCUGGACGGAAACAGACUGACAUUCCUACCAGGGAUGCUGGGCACUCUGAAGCAGUUGUCCUACCUGGACGUAUCCAAAAACAACCUUGAGAUGGUGGAUGAGCGGAUCUCUGGUUGUGAGAAUCUGCAGGACCUGCUGCUUUCUAACAAUGCUCUCACACAGCUGCCUGGAUCCAUUGGCUCCCUCAAGAAACUAACCGCCCUGAAAGUGGAUGAGAACCAGCUCAUGUAUCUGCCAGACUCAAUUGGGGGGCUGGUAGCCCUGGAUGAGCUGGACUGUAGUUUUAAUGAGAUCGAGGCGCUUCCGUCCUCCAUCGGACAGUGUGUCAGCCUGCGCACCUUUGCCGCUGACCACAACUUUCUUGCACAGCUGCCCCCAGAGAUGGGCAGCUGGAAGAAUGCCACCGUGCUGUUCCUGCACUCUAACAAGCUUGAGUCUCUGCCUGAGGAGAUGGGAGACAUGACCAAGCUCAAGGUCAUCAACCUCAGCGACAAUAAGUUGAGGAACCUCCCCUACAGUUUCACCAAGCUAAACCAGAUGACCGCUAUGUGGCUGUCUGAAAAUCAGUCAAAGCCCCUCAUCCCUCUACAGAAGGAGGAGGAUCCAGAGACCAACAAAACUGUUCUCACUAACUACAUGUUCCCUCAGCAGACCAGGACAGAGGAGUACAUCCCUAACUCUGACAGCGAGAGCUUCAACCCCUCUCUGUGGGAGGAGCAGAGGAAGCAGAGGGCACAGGUGGCCUUCGAGUGUGACGAGGACAAGGAUGAGAGGGAGACUCCUCCACGGGAGGGAAACCUGAAGCGCUACCCGACUCCAUACCCAGACGAGCUGAAGAACAUGGUGAAGACGGCCCAGUCGGUCGCCCACAGGCUGAAGGAGGACGAGUCGGGCGAGGAGUCAGGGCGGGAUGCCAGGCCUAAUGAGAGGAACCAUGUGGGCGUGCAGGACGUGGGAGUCAAGGUGAUUGAGGCUCCCUGUGCCAAUGGCAAGCCAGUGGAAAUGGAGCGCAAAGCGCCUGUUUGUGUCCAGGACUCUACAGCACCUCUGGAGACCUCUGAAUCCUACACCUCCCAGAAGACCUCACUCCGGACGUCGGACAACACUCGGACCAUGAAUCACGAAGAUACCCUGGAGUCUUUUUCUCUGCAGGACUCCGAGGAGCUGUCAUCCGAGGAGGAAGAGAUGAAGAUAGCUGAGAUGAGACCUCCUCUCAUCGAGAUAUCCAUAAAUCAGCCCAAAGUAGUGGCCCUAAGUAAGGACAAAAAAGAUGACAGUAAAGAUGCUGACUCGUUGCUAGACGAGAUGGUGGUCAACAGCAAUCAGAACAACAGCAACUGCUCGUCUCCCUCACGUAUGUCAGACUCUGUGUCUCUGACCACGGACAGCAGCCAGGACAACUCUCUGUGCACUCCUGAGAGAGAGGCCAAAAAGCCCUUCCUACCCAAACGCAGGCAAGAGGACGAGAACAUGAACCAGCGGAAGGAGAGCAGCACCCCUCUCCUCCAGAACGGCAACGGUUCAGACACAUCUCUACAAGCUCUGCUGAAGACCCAGCAGGGCUACGAGUCGAAGCCAGAGAAGACUGUGGGGGACUAUGACCUGUCCAUGGAGGAGAGGCUGGCCUUUAUUGAGAAGGGCAUCAACAACAGCAUGGGCGACGACGCCUACACCAAGUGGGACCAGAUCAACAUGAAUAUGGCCAAGCUGCCGCAGCCAGACAACAUGGUGGACGACCGCCCGAACGGCUUGAGUGCCAAGGAAGCCUUUCAUCACACGCCCCCGCCUUACAAAAAUGACAACUCCGCCACACCUUUCACAGACCACGUGGAGAACGGCAACCAGCUGGGCGACCACAUCGACAGCUGCUCCAGCGAGGGUCUGGCCGUUUCCCCCAUGAGGGUGGACUCUGCCACGUCGGUGGUGCGGACGGCUUCGGCCGGCGUGACGGCCAGCAGCGACACGUCUCUGUCACGGAGCACGGAGGAGCUGUCCCCGGAGAGACAGUGCCCGCCUUCUGUAGUGGCCAAGGCUUGGAGCGUCACCAACAUUGAGGCGGGAGGGAUGCAGUUGUACUCUGUGGACGGGGAGGGGGGCUCUUACGAGGGUGGCGUCGUCGGCAGGAUGGCUGGUGCCGGACCGCCAGGGCCCCAGGGCCAAAGCAUCGUCCGCAGCAAGUCAGCCUCUCUUCUCAAUGACCAGCCAUUCCAGGUUUACCCCGGCUCCUCAGCUUCCUCGUCCGACCUGCUUUCCAGCUCCUCCAAGCCCCCUGUCAGCACCUCCCGCCACCCUGUGCCCUCAUGCAUGGCCAUGGGCCCGCCGCCCCAGUAUAAUGUCCAGUACACCAGCAGCGCCAUGCCCAAAGAUGGCCUGUGGACUCCGAGGACACCUGUCCCCCCGGACCAGGGCUACCUCCCCACACCCCAGCAUUCCCUGGCCAAUACCAACUACUCCAACCGCAACCAGGCCCCUCCCUACCCAUUCCAGGCUCAGCAGAGAGGCCCGCCUGCGGGGCCCAAGUUACCCGUCGACAUCUGGGCUAAGGAGCGGCAUCUGCCCCUGGGUGGUCAGCCACGGAGCAGCACCCUUCAGAGGCAGAGCAGCAGCUCCUCCACUGCCUCCAUGGGGGACCCACGGCGCGUGCAGGUGCCCGAUGGGGAUUACAUGACGUACAGGGACAUCCACACCCUAGGCCGGGGGCCGCUAGCCAUGGCCCAGGCGAUGCAGAGACCUCUGUCGGCACGCACCUACAGCAUGGACGUGCCCGGUGCCCCCCGGCCCCACAGCGCCAGGCCACAGCCCCACGAGCUCCCAGAGAGGACCAUGUCAGUCAGCGACUUCAACUACCAGCACGUCAGCCCCAGCAAGAGGCCCAACGCCAGGGUGAAGUCUGAGCAUUCGCUGCUAGACGGGCCGGGAGGACCAGGAGUAGGGGGAAGGGUACCAGUGGAUUGGAGGGACCAGGUGAUGCGCCACAUCGAGGCUAAGAAGAUGGAGAAGAACGCCCUGUCUCGGUCCUUUAAUUCCAAUUAUGCCCCACUGAGCUGCUCUCACUAUGGCAGCUCUCGGGACGUUCACCACGCAGGCAGCCAAGCUUCUCUGGUCUUUAGUAAUGCCGCAGAUGGACGGCCGUACGGUCCCCAGGGCCUCUGUGAUGACGUGUUUGGUACCCAAGGGCAACAAGGCUACAUCACGGACACCCUCCGAAAAGUGCCUUUGAUGAAUGGUCAGAUGGGCGGUCCGGUGAGAAGCCAGGCACCCAUGGCCCGCCACCCCUCCAGAGAGCAGCUCAUCGACUACCUGAUGCUCAAGGUCUCCCAUGCCCAGCCACCACAGGGACCUCCUCCAUCACGGGCCGGCCAUGACACUCUGCAGCAGGAGAUCCGUGUGAAAGUAGAGAAGAACCCAGAGCUGGGAUUCAGUAUAUCAGGAGGAGUGGGAGGACGGGGAAACCCGUUUCAUCCUGACGAUAAUGGCAUCUUCGUGACAAGGGUCCAGCCUGAGGGACCUGCUUCCAAGAUUGUCCAGCCUGGAGACAAGAUUCUUCAGGUGAAUGGAUAUAGCUUUGUGAACAUUGACCAUGGGAACGCUGUGGCCCUGCUUAAGACGUUUCCCAGCACUGUGGAUAUGAUCAUUGUCCGAGAGGUAGCAGCAUAAAGACAGGAGUGAUGACCACAUGAGAACUGAAUGUCCACUUGAUUGAUAUUUUUAUACAGCCUGGACUAUAAAUGGAACGACUGAACUGCUUUACGGUGAAGAGAACCUUUUUGAGCUGUUGGUGUAAUGGGGGCUGGACCACUGCGUUAUGUGGACUGGGUGGGACGAAUCAUGCAUUGUCUACUUGCUCGUCCUAAAGAAGCCGCCACCUCUGGAUAUGUAGCCCUGUUAUUUUUUACUAUGUGAAAGCCACAGAGAUGAACAGAAAAGAAAUUGUUCUGUACAGACUAUAAAAAUAAUAAUAAUUAACCAUCAUGAAUGCAGAAUUCUAGUUGCUGUAGUUAAGCUUUCGUUUUAGUUUACCACAGGUUAGGGGUCUCAAUCUCACUUCCUCUCUUGCCCCCAUCCACUUCCCUCUCUUCUGUCAUCUGAUUUGCCUUUAUUUUUUAAUGGUGUCUUUUAAAAUGUGUAAAUUGUGUCUUUAAAAGAAGACGAUACUAAGGAAUCUUUUAGAGAUAAAUGUAGUACUGGGUGGUCCCCCCUUUAAGUUGUGAUUUUUUUAAAUAACAAGACUUAUACUUGGUGGAUAGUUCAGAAGGACAAUUUAUUUGCCUCUGCCUCAAUAAAAUCUGAGCCACACGUAAAUACAUCCAAUAUCUAUACACUCUUCAUUUCAGUUUAGGGGCAGUUACAGUAGCAUUGUUGGCAACACUGUCUUAUAAUAUAUAUCCCCUGAAGAGACCACUGCCUGUGCCAUCACUCACCUCAACAAAUCCUAACGGACGAGGACACUCACUCUGCUGAAUCAGCCUCCAAGUUGCUGAUGAGUUGGAUGCUGUAAACCACUCUGUAUGUGGAAUGGAAUUGGGACUGGUAGAUUAAAUGGAUCAUGACAUUUCUCAUAGAGGACUGUCUUUGCUUGGCCUUUAUUAUUCUAGCCCGCAUGUAAUGUGAGUGGGUCAAAAGGAAGGAGUUGUAACUUAAGGUAACCUAAGGAAAUGUGGAGACCAUAUCCAGGCAUUGGGCAGGUGCUGGGGGGAGUGACCUAUUCCGCAUCCAUCUACACGCUGGUGAUGUGCUUUAUACUAAGGAAAUGGAGGGUGUCAUUUGAGACACAGCAGGGUGUAGACCUGGUCUCAUGGACCCUCCCUCUCAUCCUGCCCGUGUGUCAGACUGAGCCUGUAUACUCCUGGCCUCAUGGACACUCCCUCUCAUCCAGCCAGUGACAGACUAAGCCUGUAUAGACCCUCCCUCAUCCAGCCAGUGACAGACUGAGCCAGUAUACUCCUGCCCUCAUGGACCCUCCCUCUCAUCCAACCAGUGACAGACUUAGCCUGUAUACACCCUCCCUCAUUCAGCCAAUGACAGACUGAGCCAGUAUUCACCUGGCCUCAUGGACCCCCCCUCCCCCCCCCAUCCAGCCAGUGACAGACUGAGCCUGUGUAGACCUGGCCUCAUGGACCCGCUCUCAUCGAGCCUGUCUCAGAAUAAGCCGCAUAUAGACCUGUCCUCAUGGACCCUCUCAUCUUGGCCAGAUUCUAAAGGGCUUCUCCUUUGGUUGCCGUUGGUGAACAGAAAAACAGCUAUUUGAGAUUGAAAACACAAUUUUCAUUAAAGUGGGGGAAAACAACCAGAGUUUGCCUUUGUGUAUAAAGGAACAUGUUUUUAAACUUGUGUUUUUCACAAUGUGUUGGGAUGUUGUUGUUUCAUACAUGGACUAUUUGCUCUACGCUGGAUCGAAUGAACUGGGGGAGCUGUCAAGUGCCAUAGACCUUGAACUGUUUGAACAAGUGGAGGGAGAGAGUGACUCUACCCUGAGACCCAAGCAAUAUUCACACACUUCACUUCAUAGCAACCUAAAUUGGCUCAAGUACAUGUCGUGUGACCUGACAUAAUGGUUUAAUAGCAAUAGUCAGAUGCUUUAUUUUCAUUCAGAAAGACAUUUGAUGGCAUUCUUUCUUUUUUUUUUUUUUUACAACCGAUGAAUAAAAAUAAGAAACCAUUUUAAUAAUCAUUGAUUGAUAUACAGGAUUUAUAUUGUGAAAUAUUUUCUAUUGAAGAACAGAAUAGGAUGUUAUGAAAGAUCUUUUCAGCAAAAAUGUAAAAGUUAAAGUCUGCAUUGUAUAAUAGUAGUGAAUGCUUUUGUGUCACUCUGCCCUAGAUUUAAAAAAUAAAAUGAGUUGCAGGUUUUCCCAAGCUAGACUGCUCUGAGAACCAGCUGGUUAUGUGUAUCUGUGCAAAUAUAAAAACAUUUGCCAGUGUAAAAUGAACUUAAUCAGAGCUGCAAAGGGAGAAAAAUGUUAUUUGUAAUGUUUGUAAUUGAAUGGUGUCAAGUUAUGAAAAGGCUUUUAAAAGCUACUAUGCUAUAGUAUGUUCACUCAGUAUGAUCAACAGUUUAUAUAUGUAUGUGUUGUUUGCAUGAAAUCACCCAUUGAAUUGUCUAUUUUGUGGUAUAUUUUUUAAUCCAUGAAACCAUGAGAUGUUUUUACUUCAGAAAAGGAAAAAGUUGUUCAAAUGUUUCAGUUGUGACAGUGUAUAUGAAGUACUUAACAGAGAUUGAUCAUUGUUUUUUCAAUGAAUGAAGAUGUCAUCAAUCCUUGGAUUAGGUAUGUAACUUACUACUGUACCUGUAUUUAAUUCAGAGUUACGUCAUGCAUACAGCUUAAGAUGCUUGAGGUACUGUAAAUGUGACUCGAAUGGAAAACACUGUGUCAAUGGUUUUGCUCCCAUUUUCUCCCCAUUUAUAUUCCCAACUGGACAGAAUUUAAUUUGCCCCCAAUUAAAACUGACCUAGUUUAUUUUCUACUUCCUCCUCACACAUUGAAACUGCAUAUAUUCCUGCCAUUGGCUUAAGUGGUAACAAUGACACUUCUGAAUUCCCCCUUGCACGAUUAGUCUCAGUAUGUCAUAUUUUAAGAAGUAAUUGUUUUUUGUGCUGUUUUGUUUAUGGGCACUUUGUUCUUGAAUAUUUGUAUCUGAGAAUAAGACCAUUAUGAGAUUUAUUGGGUCAUGUCAAAAAGAAAGAAAACUGUCCCAUAGAUGGUGGAGACAAUCUUAGACAAAAAUCUAUGGGGUCACCAAUUUCGCUUCAACAACAACUGAUCUUUUCUUCACGUUCCCACCUUAUUUUUAUUUAUUUAGCAGUCUUCUGUGACUUCUUAAACAUCACUAAUCAAAAUGUAAAUACUUUUAAAAAGAUACAAAAUUAAUGAAUCAUGGCAUUAGUCACUGAGUUAUAAAACCAGCAAUAAAUUGCAAUGCAGACGCAACCCUUUUAAUGUAUGACUUUCAAAGGUUUCUCUGGAAACGGCUACAGUAAGAAGAUUGAUAUGCAUAUAUUCAACAUUCCAGAUUUUGUAUAUAAUUAUACUGUUCCUGAGGUAACUUGUGGGAAAUAAGAAAUAAACUAAUGCUCUUUAAA